CCCGCCUUGGUGAGCGGAGCGCCGCCCGCCCGGCCCUACGCUGCGGCAGCGAAAACUGCAAAAAAAGGCUCACAAAAGACCAAGCAGGAAGAAGCAAAAAAGAAACAAGUAACUAAGAGGCGGCUGCUGAUGAGCAAGCCCGUGGAUGAUGUAUACUUGACGUGGUAUUAUGAGCGGCCAUCCUAUGGUUUGGAAGAGGCUGUGGGUAUGCUGAAGAAAUUUCAGGAACUGGACUUCACUCACCCCAAACAAUAUGUCUAUAUUAAUGUCUUCCUAGAUAUGGCACUACAGAAGAAGAAAAAAGUGGAUCCAUUUGCAAGCGCUGUUCUUCUUCCAUAUCGCUUUACAGAUGAAACUAAUAAGGUCUUGGUUUUCACAGAGAAUGAGCAAGAAGCUGAAAUAGCUCGAGAGAAUGGAGCUGCUGUUGUGGGAGGAGUUGAAUUAAUCAAAUGGAUUUUGGAAGAUGAAAUCCAAGUGGACUUCUACGUAGCUGUUCCUGCAAUAAUGCCGAAGUUAAUACCAUUAAGGAACAAACUAAGACGAAAAUACCCAAGCACAAAAAGAA